CCUUGCGGCUGCGGGGCGUCCUCGACGGCGGCGUGUGGGGCGAGCCGGGGAAGAUGCUGAGGCGAGCUUAGUCGCCGCCGCUGCCGCCGCGGGGCAAUAAUUCCUCCCGGAAUCGCGGCGGGACACGCGCCGGGCUGCCGGGUGAUCGCCGCAACGAGGUCAAGAUCAUGAAUUCCUCCGUCAACUCUCCAAAUCUGGAACUAACCUUGUUCAGCCAGGAGGUACUUGGGAAGCUGGCCUACCAGGACGAAAGCAACAGCAGCAGCCGCCGCCAGGAGGGAAGGCUGAAUCACAUUGACCCCGAGAUCUUCAACAUGACAGCAGAAGAGCUCCGGAUAAAAUUCUUGGGUCCCCGUCAGUCCAGUUUCUUUGUCCCCAUCUGUACGACGUACCUCCUGAUCUUUGUGGUGGGUGCCAUGGGCAACGCGCUGACCUGCCUGGUCAUCAUCCAGCAUCGGUUCAUGAGGACGCCCACCAACUACUACCUGUUCAGCUUGGCCGUCUCGGACCUGCUGGUGCUCCUCUUGGGGAUGCCCCUGGAGCUCUACGAGAUGUGGAGCAACUACCCUUUCCUCUUGGGCGCUGGCGGCUGCUGCUUCAAGACCCUGCUCUUCGAGGCCGUCUGCUUCGCCUCCAUCCUCAACGUGACGGCGCUCAGUGUGGAGCGCUACAUCGCGGUGGUCCACCCCCUCAAGGCGAAGUACGUGGUGACAAAGAACCACGCCAAGAGGGUCAUCCUGGCGGUCUGGGCCCUGUCCGUGGUCUGCUCCAUCCCCAACACCAGCCUGCACGGCAUCCAGACCCUCUAUGUGCCCUACUGGGGCGUGGUCCCGGACUCGGCCACCUGCACGCUGGUGAAGCCUCGCUGGAUGUACAACCUUGUCAUCCAGGUCACCACCAUCGUCUUCUUCUUCGUGCCCAUGGGCGUCAUCAGCGUGCUCUACCUCCUCAUCGGCCUGCAGCUGAGGAAGGAGAAGAUGCUGGAGGCGCUGGAGGCCAAGGCGGGCAGCAGCUGCGAUUACCACAACAUCCGCCUCCAGCAGAAGAAGAUCCGAAGGAGGCAGGUGACUAAUAUGCUAUUUGCGCUGGUGGUGGUCUUUGGCAUCUGCUGGGCUCCCUUCCACACUGACCGCCUGGUCUGGAGCUUCAUCACCCACUGGACCGACCAGAUGCAAAACAUGUUCCAAUACAUCCACAUCAUCUCGGGUGUCUUCUUCUACCUGAGCUCUGCCGCCAACCCCAUCCUCUACAACCUGAUGUCCACGCGCUUCCGUGAGAUGUUCAAGGAGGUCAUGUGCCGCAGACGCUUCCAGAAGCUGGGCUCCCGCAAGUGCUCCCCGAGCAGUACCCGUGCCACUACCCGGAGCACCGUCUCGGAGCACAUCACCGGAGGCAAUGGGCAGCCUCUCUCCGACAUGGAGGAGUACGAGAUGGACCCUGAGGAGGAGGAGGAGGAGGAGGAUGCUGAGGAGCGGGAGGCCCCAUUCCUCUGAGGACAUUCCCAACUGGCCCGACUCAUGGGAAGCGACAGCUUCUUGCAGCCAGGAGUAAAGGCCUUGUACAUGAAUGGCGCUGUGUAAAGAAUAAAUGGUCUUUGCUGCUGAUGA